CUCUGCUCUCUGCUCAUGCCAACGCUGGGGCAGCACAGACCUGAGGGGAUUUUUAACCAUCAACACCCAAUCCAUGUGUGAACAAUGUUCCAAGAAAACCAGGAGCUCUCUGAAAAGACCCCAGCUGUAAAGAUCCAAGCCUGGUGGCGUGGCACGCUGGUACGACGGGCGCUGCUGCAUGCGGCCCUCAGGGCCUGGAUCAUCCAGUGCUGGUGGAGGAUGAUACUGCUGAAGAUUAUGGAGAAGAGGCGUCAGGCGUUACUGGAUACCUUCCAACAGGAGCAGUGGGCAGUGGUCAGGCUGCAGUCCUGGAUCCGAAUGUGGCGUAUCUACAGGCGUUACCACCAGGUGCUUAAGGCGGUCCGAGUCAUCCAGUCUUACUGGAGGUGCCAUGCCUGCGCUUCACGGGGUGUCAUCAAAGGCCACUACCGAGUUACAGCCAGCCAGAUGCAUCUCGAGCUGGAGAUCUUGCUGGGCUCACAGCCGUGUAUCGUGUCCGAGUGUAUUCCCCUCCCAGUAAAGGAGUGAGGCGGUCUUA